AUGGUGGUCUGUACUUUCUACCAGCAGAAUCGAUGUAGAUUCGGAGAUCGCUGCAAAUAUGAACAUCCGGGCAGAUCAAGCUCGGGGAAUUCGUUUGCUGCUCUCUCAGGAGGAUUCCAACAAGGCCGCCAGGGUCAAGCUCAAAACCAAAAUCAACAGACGGCUAAGUAUGGCUUGACGGUCAGUGAUAUCAAGAUUGACUUGACUGCCGGAAAGGGUCGACCGGAAUGGAUCUUCUCGUGCUACGGACCAGGGCGGAACGCCCCGAGACAGCUAUUUGGAGGUCCUCAACGGGAGAUGAGCUUUGAGGAACUCCGUCUACACCAUUACGAAUUCGCUGCAGCCGGAAAUGCGGAAGGUGCUAUCAAAUCAGCCCAGAACAUGUAUGAUGAACAUGUCAAACAGAUGGAGGUCAUCUUGACCGAUCUGAACGGUGCCAUCAACUACAUCAUUGAUGGCGAGAAUGAACACCCAAAUCGCAUUGAUAUCGUCGAGGGCAAGACGGCUCUGUCUUUUUCGGGCUUUGGAAAGUCACCAUUCGGAAAUCCUGAAGAACCUACACCACCCCCCGAUCAAAUGUCUGGAUUCGGCAAACUAGCACAGCCAGGAUUUGGCAAACCAUCGGGCUUCGGCCAGCCGUCGUUUGGCCAGCCAGCGUUUGGUCAACCUUCCGCUGCUGGUCAGGCUGCAUUCGAGAAGCCAGCCUUUGGACAACCUUCGUUUGGUCAACCUGCGAUGGGAACGACGGGGUUCGCGGUCCCACAAAACACCGAAAGUCCUUUUGCUCAGAUGGCCAAUAAAUAUCAGGGUCAAAACACCGGGUUCGGCCAAUCUGCCUCCAGUAUUUCGCCGUUUGCACAGAUCAACCAACAAUCUCAACCACAACUUCAACCCCAACCCCAACCUGCUGCGCCUUCGGGUUUUGGCUUCGUCAAGCAACCCGAGCAGCCCGCUCAGCCGCCAAAUCCAUUCGGACAGCCUGUGACGGCCCCGUCGUCAUUUGGCACUCUACAACCGCAGCAGCCACAGCCGCAGCAACUUCAACCGCAACAGCAGGCUCCGACUCAGGCCCAGCCCCUGGCGGUAGGGACAGACGCUGGAGCUCGCCCCUCUAUCAGGGUUGACGACCCUAACGAACUGAUGCCCAUCCCACCUUUGAACGGCCAGACAACUCGGGAUCCCGUGACAAACAAACUGAAUUCGUGGAAGGGACAGCCGGUAAAAUACAUUGAUAACGUGCCGUGCUAUCUACACCCCCAGGACCAGAAGACCUGGGCCCGCAUAUUCUUCCCUGACGGGCCACCCGACGAGGCAAGCUUGAGAGACGCCUAUGGAGAACCUGACGAGUACACACCGGAGGUGACCGAGCAGUACGAGUUCUUUACGAAGAACGGAUACUUUAAAGACGGCAUCGUCCCCAGCGUUCCGCCGAAAAGAGAGAACGUGAGCUUUGAUUUCUAA